GGGGGCAGGUGCUGGCCUCUCGUGCUGUGGCCCUCGGUCCUCUGCUCCUCCCUCUGCAGGUGCAGCUCCGAUCCCGAGAUCACAAGGGGCCACACAGACGGCAGCGGCGGUGGUGGCCGAGGGAGUCCUCUGAGCAGCGGGGUCUGACAUGGGGUGUGGGGACGGCAGGGUCCCCUCCUGGCCUAGCAGACGUGGGCCCUGGGUCUGAGUCACCCACUUCCUCCACGUCUGCCCUGGAGGGUGGAGCCCUGACCCCAUCCGGGUCUGGAGGGAUAAAAGGGGAGGGGAGAGCCUGCUGGGUAGAGAGGGACAGGGACAGACCAGGAUGCUGAGCCUGCUGGUGUUGGCGCUGCCCGUCCUGGGGAGCCUGGUCCAUGCGGCCCCUGCCCCAGGAGAGGCCCUGGAGCGAGCAGGGAUCGUGGGGGGCCAGGAGGCCUCUGUGAGCAUCUGGCCCUGGCAGGUGAGCCUGAGGGCCUAUGGUCAGUUCUGGCAGCACAUCUGCGGGGGCUCCCUCAUCCACCCCCAGUGGGUGCUGACGGCGGCGCACUGCAUAGGACACCCGCGACCGGUAGUCCAGGACCCGGCAAAGUUCAGAGUGCAGCUGGGCGAGGAGUACCUCUAUUACCAAGACACGCUGGUGCCCGUCAGCAGGAUCUUCCUCCACCCCAACUACUACAUCGCCGAGGCCGGGGCCGACAUCGCCCUGCUGGAACUGGGGUUCCCCGUGAACCUCUCCAGCCACAUCCACACGGUCACCCUGCCCCCGGCCUCAGAGACCUUCCCCCCGGGGACACGGUGCUGGGUGACAGGCUGGGGUGACGUGGAAGAGGGCGAGCACCUGCCACCACCGUAUCACCUGAAGGAGGUGGAAGUCCCCAUAGUGGCAAACGACGUCUGUGACGCCCAGUACCACGUUGGCCUCUACACAGCGGACAGCGUUCGCAUCGUCCGGGACAACAUGCUGUGUGCCGGGACCAAAGUUAAAGACUCCUGCCAGGGCGACUCCGGAGGGCCCCUGGCCUGCAAGGUGAAGGGCACCUGGCUGCUGGCCGGCGUGGUCAGCUGGGGCGACGGCUGCGCUCGGCCCAGCCGACCCGGCAUUUACACCCGAGUCACCUCCUACUUGGACUGGAUCCACCACUACGUCCCCAGGAAGACCUGAGCCAGGUCCCCAGAGCUGCCACCGGGUCAGUGAGGAAGCCCCACCCUCCUGUCCCCAACACUGCUGCCUCCUACCCAGGAGGGGUCCAGCACCGCUUCCCCGUCCUCGG